UCCAAAGUCUACAACAUGAAGAACCAAAACAUGAAGAUUUGCAUGUUUGCCAUUUUGACAUUUGUGCUUGUGUGGUUUUUGCAACAUGAAGGUGUCAAUGCCACCAGAGGAAUGCGACAGCGUGGUGGCUCGAGGCUGUUGAAAGAGACGUUUUACCCGAGAUAUGGAGAGACUUUCCCAAGUGCGUUACCGUAUAGGAAAACCUCUACUAUCUUCAAUGUUUUAUCUUUUGGUGCCAAAGGCGAUGGAACAACUGACGACACAAAGGCAUUUGAAGCAGCAUGGCUAGCUGCUUGUAAGCUGGAGGCAUCAACUAUGGUUGUGCCAAAAGGCUCAGUCUUUUUAAUCAAACCCAUAUCAUUCUCAGGACCCAAUUGCGAAUCAAACAUCGUUUUUCAGUUAGAUGGCACGAUCAUAGCUCCAAAAAGAUCCGGAAGCUGGGAAUCUGGCCUCCUUCAAUGGCUCGAGUUCACAAAGCUAAACGGGAUAACCAUCCGUGGAACUGGUGUUAUUGACGGGCAAGGCUCGGGAUGGUGGAGCGAGUCUGGCACUAAACCAACAGCGCUCAGGUUUUAUGGGAGCUCUGAUGUGACGGUAACGGGCAUAACGAUACAAAACAGUCAACAAACACACCUCAAGUUCGAUAACUGCCAAUCUGUACAAGUUUUCGAAGUCACUGUUUCGUCCCCAGGUGAUAGCCCAAAUACAGACGGAAUUCACUUGCAAAACUCUCAAGAUGUAACCAUCCAUAGCACCAAACUUGCUUGUGGCGAUGAUUGCGUUUCGAUACAAACAGGAUGUUCAGGCGUAAACAUACAAAAUGUGGAUUGUGGACCGGGACAUGGAAUAAGCAUCGGGAGCCUCGGCAAAGAUAACACGAGAGCUUGUGUAUCGAAUAUUACGGUUCGUGAUACAAAGAUCCAUGACACAAUGACUGGAGUAAGAAUAAAGACAUGGCAGGGUGGUUCCGGCUCGGUGCAAGGAGUGACAUUUUCCAACAUUCAAGUUUCAAAAGUCGAAACUCCAAUCAUCAUCGAUCAAUACUACUGCGAUGGGGGCAAAUGCCAAAACAAGUCAUCAUCAGUGGCUCUUUCAGAGAUAUCUUACGAGAACAUAAGAGGGACAUAUACUCGAAACCCUGUUCGACUUGCAUGCAGUGAGAGCACACCAUGCACAGAUGUUAAUCUAGAUACUAUUCAACUACAACCGCUACAACAAAAUGAAGAAAUAGGCAAACCCUUUUGUUCCAAUGCCUAUGGAGAACUCAAAACAAGCACUACCCCUCCAAUAGAUUGCUUGAUGGCAGCUAAGCCAUCCGAAAAACAAUCUCGAAACAACUAUGAUUUAUGCCAAAAUUGAUGUUAUUGUUGUCUAUCUGUAAUGGAGAUCAUAUGCAUUAAUUAGAUAUGUUAUACUAGAUAUAUAUGUGAAACAUCAUGUAUGAGACAAGUUUGACACCGAAUUUACUGUGUUUGCAUACCUCAGCUUUAUACUGUAAUGUAAUCUUAGUUUGCAAGAUAUAAACAUUUUCAGUCAUUAGUACAA